AAGAGAAAACUGUUCUCUUGAUCGGUCCCGCCAGAGUUCUCCCACUCUUCCACCAUCACCAGUCCAGUCCAGUCCCGUUCGACAGAGCCCACAGGCUGCCGGAGCCGGCUGUGGAUUGGAUUUACAUUACCGCCUGGUUCACUUUCAAACCUGGUUUUUUGGGUUGGUUUUUUAUUUGUAAUUUGGAACUCUUUCCGUGAUUUAUUUUAUUAUUUCUCCUCUUUAGCGCGAUUCCCACUUUCUGUUCGGAGUGUGACAUCUUGUUGCGCUAAACUUUUUUCUCCGUUCUUUGCGAUAGAUUUUUUAAAACUUAUCCCCCCCUCCAUAUUCUUCAUUAUUUCUGACCACCCAAGCGUUUUUCCACCAUGCACAAGCUGUAUAUCGGGAAUCUAGGCGACAGCGUGACCGCCGAGGACCUGAUCAAAACCUUCGACGAGCACAAGAUCCCGUACUCCGGACAGUUCCUCAUGAAGAACGGCUACGCCUUCGUGGACUGUCCGGACGACCAGUGGGCCAUGAAGGCCAUCGAGACGUUCUCUGGUAAAGUGGAACUUCACGGGAAACGUAUUGAGGUUGAACACUCCGUCCCCAAAAAGCAAAGGACCAGAAAACUGCAGAUCAGAAACAUUCCACCACACUUACAGUGGGAGGUUUUGGACGGUCUGUUGGCUCAGUGUGGAACCGUAGAAAACUGUGAACAAGUUAACACAGAGAGCGAGACUGCAGUGGUUAACGUAACAUAUGCAUCCCGGGAACAUGCACGGCAAGCCAUCCAGAAGCUGAACGGGUACCAGUUGGAGAACAACACUCUGCGUGUCUCCUACAUCCCUGAUGAGACCUCUGACAUGGAAGGAGGCCAGCGGGGGCCUGAUAAUGGCCGGCGCCCUGGCUACGGGCCCCGCGGGGGUCCCCGUGGUGGGUCCCCAAGCUCUGGAAUGCCCCCCAAAACCCCCCAUGCGGACAUUCCUCUCAGACUGCUGGUACCCACCCAGUACGUUGGAGCCAUCAUCGGCAAGGAGGGUGCUACCAUCCGCAACAUCACCAAGCAGACACAGAGCAAGAUUGACGUUCACCGUAAGGAGAAUGCCGGUGCUGCUGAGAAGCCCAUCAGCAUCCACUCCACCCCUGAGGGCUGCUCCGCCGCCUGCCGCAUGAUCCUGGAAAUCAUGCACCAGGAAGCUAAAGACACCAAGACCGCUGACGAGGUUCCUUUGAAGGUUCUGGCUCACAACAACUUUGUCGGCCGCCUCAUCGGGAAGGAGGGACGCAACCUGAAGAAAGUGGAGCAGGACACAGACACCAAGAUAACCAUCUCCCCUCUCCAGGACCUGACCCUGUAUAACCCAGAGAGAACCAUCACAGUCAAAGGCUCCAUCGACGCUUGCUGCCUGGCUGAAGUAGAGAUCAUGAAGAAAGUCAGAGAAGCCUACGAGAACGACAUCGCAGCUAUGAAUCAACAAACCCACCUGAUCCCCGGACUCAACCUGGGCGCUCUGGGCCUCUUUCCACCUUCGUCCAACAUGCCCCCGCCACCUCCUGGCAACUCGGCUGGCAGCGCCCCCUACGGCUCUUUUGGGACCCCAGAGCAGGAGACUGUCCACGUAUACAUUCCCGCACAAGCUGUCGGAGCCAUCAUUGGGAAAAAAGGCCAGCACAUCAAACAGCUGAGCCGCUUCGCUGGAGCCUCCAUCAAGAUUGCACCAGCUGAAACUCCAGACUCUAAAAUGAGGAUGGUGAUUGUGACAGGACCCCCUGAGGCUCAGUUUAAGGCUCAGGGCAGAAUCUAUGGCAAACUGAAAGAGGAGAACUUUUUUGGGCCAAAAGAAGAAGUCAAACUGGAAACUCAUAUUAAAAUGGCUGCUGCUGCUGCAGGAAGAGUCAUCGGUAAAGGAGGCAAGACGGUAAAUGAGCUACAGAACCUGACAGCAGCUGAGGUGGUGGUUCCCAGAGAACAGACACCUGAUGAGAAUGACCAAGUCAUUGUCAAGAUCAACGGACAUUUCUACGCCAGCCAGCUGGCUCAGAGGAAGAUCCGAGACAUCCUGACCCAGGUCAAAAUGUCACAGAAAGGCGGGAUGGGCAUGAGCGCUAGCCCCCACCCUCAGGGCUUCACUGAAAUGGGCAGCCCGACACAAGGACUGACUCAGGACCACCAGCCGCGCAGGAAGUGAGGGUUCCUCACACGCCCGCGGGGCCCCCAACCCCACCUGACGGACACGUGCACAGACAAACGGACGGACAGAUACAAAAAGAGCAACACACAGACCCCGAGACGAGCAGGGAGCGAGAGUCAGAAGACAGAUCUUUAUAGAGCGAAGGUGAAAUCAAAGAUGAAACGAAUAAAGGUUAUAAGGUAAAGAACGUUCAAAACAGACCCAGUGCCAGGCCAGAGGAGAGCCUGAGUGGAGAUGGAGGGAUGAGGAAACAGGGAUGGAGGUGGGGGGGUGGAGUCCUGCUCAUGUGUCUCGAUAAAGUUUCAACAACACGACCUAGUUUUGUUCAAACCCACCCGCAGACAUGCAGGAGGAUAAAGUGCACCCCCACCACUGUACAGACCUCUCCAACCAUCUGCACCCAGUCCUUUAUUUUAAAGGUGGUUUUUUUAACAUAGAGAUAUAUGUAUAGAAAUGUUUUAUUCAGAGCUAUUAUUGAUGAAAUGCAGUGAGGCGAAGCCGGGAGAGGAAGUGAGGAAACUGCUGCAGAGGCUCCGGAGGUGCGGGGGCCACCCCCCACCUCCAGGCCGACACAGCGAGCUAUGAAGAGGGGCCGCAGAUGUUAACACUGCUCUUUACACACCUCUCUGAACAGCAGAGAGCGUCGAGAAAAUAUGAGGUUGUAAAUAUAUAAUCUUCAUGUUGUUGUUGAGAAAUGCUGCGUCUGACCACCUUGCCUUUUUUUAAAAAUAAUGGGGUGUUCUGUAUGGGUGGGGCCUCUGGUUGUGGCCCUCGGCACCCAUUUCCAUGCUUUGCAGUGUGGUGGCCAGCGCGGCCAGAGAUAGUAAGGGGGAGUGGCGGUUGUAGUUGGUCCUGCAGUUCUAAUGCAGCGGCUCAGCUCAAAACUACUGCCAGCAGAUGUUUGCUGGUCGGUGUCCUGCCCCUUACAUGGCAUAUUUUAUAUAUAUUAUAUAUAUAUGAUAUGUGAGUUAGCCCGGCCCCUCAGGUGAACACGUUGGAGUCAAGUGUGAGGUUCUGCUGCACCAGUAAGUCCAGCAAUAACAGACAGACUGAGUGUCUGAAGGGUUCUGAUUAUUGCACUCGUCCUGCACAGGAGAUUUCUGUUAGGAGGACUUUCUCCUCAGUGUUGGAAACAUUCUGGCACUGAAGCUGUCUUUGCGAGACAAACCUGCCUCUGAGGAGAAGAGCGGCCUCGGCCGAGCACCAAGUCUUCCAAAGCUCCUCACCUUGCACUCAGCAGUCGUUAAAAUCCGACUGGACCAGGAGUAGUUUCUGGGUUUUCCUCUCCUGCUCUGCCAAAGGCCUGUGGGCGAAGCCUCCACACCCCGCCUGCAUUUCUUAAUGAGGGUCGGGUCAAAAUGGACGCUUUCGCCAAGAUUAGAACAUAUUAAAGAAGAAAAAGAAAAAACCUACCUCAGGGUAAAGUUACCUCAGUAUUGAUUUUUUUUUGUGCUUGCUGGUGUUUUAUAUAAGAAGAAACAAAGAAAAUAAGAGCUG